GAAAAUACCUUACUUCAGAAGUAAUGCCAUGCAUAAAAGAGAAUUGCUCAAAGCAAUCCAACUUAACUCCCCUCUCCCUUUGUCGUCCAUUUAUAGAACAUAAAACAGGAGAAGAAAAUGCCUACAGAUGAUGAUGAGUCGAGGAUGGCCUUCCUCAAGAGAGAAUUUGAAGCUUCUCUUGUAAGGAUCAAUUCAAUUGAGAAGGAAAAUCAGGAACUGAAAUAUGAAGUUGCCCGUCUAAGAGCACAGGUCAAUACACUCAAAGCACAUGAUAACGAAAGGAAAUCAAUCCUGUGGAAGAAGUUACAGAACCCCAUGGAUGCCAAUAUCCCAGACAAAUAUCAGCAGAAGCCAUCAGUUCUGGUUGAAAUGCCAGAACAAAGUCCAGCAAUGGAAAAGUUGUACCAGAGGGAAGAUCUCAAGGAAUCUACAGCCAAAAAGGAAAGACCGGCAAGAGCUCCAACACCAUUGCCAAGAACAAAUCCCACUCCAGUCAAGGAAGUAAGUGGAAUUAAAGGACAAUCACCACCAGCGCCGCCACCCCCGCCGCCACCCCUACCAUCCAAAUUGCCGGUUGGAUCCAAAGCAGUGCGUCGUGCGCCUCAGGUCAUUGAGUUUUACCGUUCCCUUAUGAAGAGAGAUGCCCAACGGGAGAACAGGAAUAGCCCAGUUGGGAUUCUGCCAGUCACAGAUCCGAAGAACAUGAUUGGAGAGAUCGAGAACCGCUCAACUUAUCUUCUGUCUAUAAAAUCUGAUGUAGAAACACAUGGAGAAUUUAUUAAUUCCUUGAUCAGGGAGGUGGCGACAGCAGCAUUUACUGAGAUUUCUGAAGUGGAGGCAUUUGUGAAAUGGUUGGAUGGAGAACUAUCUUGCCUUGUUGACGAAAGGGCCGUACUGAAGCAUUUUCUGCAUUGGCCAGAAAAAAAAGCAGAUGCAUUGCGGGAAGCCGCAUGUUGUUACCAAGACCUGAAGAACCUUGAAUCUGAAGUUUCAUCAUUCAAGGACAACCCAAAACAGCAAUUGAACCAGUCUCUAAGAAGGCUGCAAACGCUGCAAGACAGAUUGGAGCGAAGUGUUACCAAUCUUGAAAGGGUGAGAGAAGGAACAAGCAAGCGAUAUAGGGAGUUCCAUAUCCCUUGGGAAUGGAUGCUGGACACUGGAGUGAUUGGUCAGCUGAAAUUGAGUUCACUGGCAUUGGCUAAGGAGUACAUGAAAAGAAUAACUAGAGAACUGCAGUGCAGUGAAACCUCACGGGAAGAGGACCUCUUGUUUCAAGGAGUUCGAUUUGCUCAUCGAGUACAUCAGUUUGCAGGUGGUUUUAAUGCAGAUACCAUGCACACAUUUGAAGAAUUACGAAAGAUUGGAACAAGUUGGAACAAACAAUAGCAUGUUGCCUAUACACCGUAGAAAUUGUAGACAAAAUGUUGAGAGGUAAUGACUUACUGCAGGAUUCUAGAAUCAAGGGUAUAACAUAUCAGAAAGGAUUCUACCUAUACACAUAUCUACUGAAUACUCUAGAUAGGUUUCCUCUGUUGAGAAACUUGAUUUCCAAGCACUAUUCCUAAAAAGUGAGAAACAUAUUUAAGAAGCUUAAGGCCGUGAUAAAUGGCUAAUAACCUUGCCUCUCCCAUUUCUAUUGACCCAACUACAUUGGCCUGGGAAUUACCAUAUGCUAAUUCAUACACACAUGCGUGUAGUUAUAAUGAGCAGCUGGAGACGGGUUAGUUAAAUGUCAGCUAGAAACUGAAAGGCUUGUAGGAAUGCAAUAGAUUGCCUUCACUGAUAUAUUUGAAAGCCAUUGUCCCAUAUGUGCCCCAUUCUAUGUCUAAAUGGCAAUCAAAAUUUCAACUUAAUAAAUGUG